AUGGUUCCUUCUAACAUGGAGACAGCAACUCCCGACUCCACUUCUGCAUCCAGUCAGCCCUUAUCCAAUGGAGAUGCUGUGGUGCCAGAGGUAAACGUGGAGACAACACUGGAGACCAGCCUGUGCAGUCAGUACGAGGAGAAGGUGCGGCCCUGCAUCGACCUCAUCGACUCCCUGCGGGCCCUGGGCGUGGAGCAGGACCUGGCCCUGCCUGCCAUCGCCGUUAUCGGGGACCAGAGCUCGGGCAAGAGCUCCGUGCUGGAGGCGCUGUCGGGCGUUGCCCUCCCCAGAGGCAGCGGUAUUGUUACAAGAUGCCCCCUGGUGCUGAAACUGAGAAAGCUUAGGCAUGAUGAUGAUGAAUGGAAAGGCAGAAUCACUUACCGGGAAAUGGAGAUUGAUCUUACGGCCGCUUCGGAGGUAGAACAGGAAAUCAGGAAAGCCCAGAAUGUCAUUGCUGGGGAAGGUGUGGGAAUCAGUUAUGAGCUAAUUAAUCUGGAGGUCAGCUCCCCUCACGUGCCAGAUCUGACCCUGAUAGACCUUCCUGGCAUCACCAGAGUUGCUGUGGGCAAUCAGCCAGCUGACAUCGGACGUCAGAUUACAGCUCUCAUCAAGAAGUACAUCCUGAGGCAGCAGACCAUCAUGUUGGUGGUGGUGCCCAGUAACGUGGACAUCGCCACCACAGAGGCGCUGAGCAUGGCCCAGGAGGUAGACCCCGAAGGAGACAGGACCAUAGGGAUCCUGACAAAGCCCGACCUGGUGGACAGAGGCACCGAAGACAGAGUCGUGGACGUGGUGCGGAACCUGGUCUACCACCUGAAGAAGGGCUACAUGAUUGUCAAGUGCCGGGGCCAGCAGGACAUCCAGUACCAGAUGAGCCUGGACAAGGCUCUGCAGAGGGAGAGGGCCUUCUUCGAGGACCAUCCCUAUUUCAGGGAUCUCCUGGAGGAGGGCAAGGCCACCAUCCCCUGCCUGGCAGAGAGACUGACCAAUGAGCUCAUCGCACACAUCAGUAAAUCUCUGCCCCUGCUGGAAAGUCAGAUAAAGGAGAACCAGCAGACCAUCACGGAGCAGCUGCAGAAGUAUGGCCUGGACAUCCCGGAAGACGAAACGGAGAAAAUGUUCUUCCUGAUUGAAAGGAUCAACACGUUCAAUCAGGACAUCCAGGCGUUGGUGGAGGGGGAGGAGACUGUGGGGGGCGACGACAGCCGGCUGUUCACCAAGAUCCGGCUGGAGUUCUGCAAGUGGGGCCUGGAGAUCGAGAACAAUUUCCAGAGAGGUUAUGAGGACAUUGUCAAACAGAUCAGGAAGUUUGAAAACCAGUAUCGCGGCAGGGAGCUGCCGGGGUUCGUGAACUACAAGACGUUCGAGCUGAUCAUAAAGAAGCAGGUGAAGGCCCUGGAGGACCCGGCGGUGGAGAUGCUGCACAGGGUCACCGAUAUGGUCCGGCUUGCCUUCGCAGAUGCUUGCAAGAAAAACUACGAGGAGUUCUUCAACCUCUUAAGAACCUGCGUGUCCAAAAUUGAAGACAUUAAGUCAGAACAAGAAAAAGAAGCGGAGAAGUCCAUCCGACUGCACUUCCAGAUGGAGCAGAUUGUCUACUGCCAAGACCAGGCGUACCGCACUGUGCUGGAAAAGAUCCGAGGGAAGGAAGCCGAAGCGAAGAAGAAGAAGCAGGAGCAGAUUGUCUUUGAAGCGGACCCUUUGACUUGCUCCCUCUCCGAAAUCCUCCAACACCUGAUGGCCUACCGCCUGGAGGCCAGCCGACGCCUGUCCAGCCACAUCCCUCUGAUCAUCCAGUUCUUCGUCCUGCAGUCCAACGGGCAGCAGCUGCAGAAGGCCAUGCUCCAGCUGCUGCAGGACAAGGACAAGUACGGCUGGCUCCUCAAGGAGCGCGGCGACACCAGCGACAAGCGCAGGUUCCUGAAGGAGCGGCUGGCGCGGCUGACCAAGGCCCGGCGCCGGCUGGCCCAGUUCCCGGGCUAA